AUGAAAGUAAUUGGGAUGCUUGAUAUUGAUGUAUCUGAAACACUUUUUAUUGAAAAAAACCCUGAACGAAAAAAUAUCAGGUAUUAUGUUGAGUAUGUGGAAAGUGAUAAAGAAGUCAUUGGCAUGUUCUAUUCAAUUAUUAAUGAAUUAAUAGAAAAGAAAGAAACAUGUUUCGGAGACUUAUAUAUACUCAAACACAGAACCAAUGUGCAACAAUUUAUAAUGCAUUCUGCACGGACCUAGGAAAUAAUAUUUAUCUGAACUGUGAAGCAAAUCCCAGGUUUCGCCUUGUGGAUAUGUUUCAUGGUGGAACACCAUAAAGUGUAAAAAAGCAUAUUGUUGCACAACUGGCUAUCCCCGACAGCUGUCUCAGGGUUGUUAUAUGCACUGUUGCUUUUGGUAUGGGUGUAAACUGCAGCAAUGUAAACGCGUCAAUUCAUUUUGGAGCACCAAAAUCCUUGGAAGCAUAUAUUCAAGAAAGUGGAAGAAUUGGACGUAAUGGUAGCACUAGUAUCAGUAGGAUUCGAUAUAAUGCAAUGUUGCUCAGAGGAGCAGAUCAUCAAAUGAGAAACUACAUUAAAGAAACACAAUGCAGGAGACAUAGUCUUAUGAAAAAGUUUGAAAAUUAUAAGCAAGAGUAUUCAAGUGGUUGCCAAUGCUGUGAUAACUGUGCAAAGUCCUGUACUUGCACUCAAAGUCCUGGGUGCAAAUGAACACUACUACAACCAGGCAAACUAGUGUCAAGCCAAUAAUAAAAACACAAAAUGUUUCCCCUGAACAGAAGAAGUAACUUCAUACACUUCUCCACGAAUACAGGGAGACACUGACUCAACAUAUAACAGUUUCUCUACCAAGUCUAUACACUGAAUUCUACAGCUUCCAUAUUAACCAAGUUUUAACUAACUGUCAAUUCCUCUUUACACUUGAUGAUGUAUACCAUUAUGUGGAAAUAUAGCACAAAGUUUAUGCAUUGAACAUAUUAUAUAGUACAGACAAAGUGUUUGGUGACAUAAAGGAAGAUAUUGGCUCCUUAAAUUUGUUGGACAUUGACCAGUCAAUGGACAGCCUUCCUGAUGAAUGGAUAAGUAUUAGGGAUGAUUCUGAAGACCUUGCAUUGUGGGAUAGUUAUAUGCUACAAUCUUUUCAGGACUGUUCCCAGGUCACACAUGAAGAUGAUAAUGAAAAUAAUAUGGAACAAUCUUUAGCGGAAUCAUCAUUUAAUGAAUGUCAAUAG